CCCGGCGCAUGCUCAGUGGCUUCUGUCAACAGCAGGCGGUGAGAGAAAAGCGGCGACGUCGCCCAAGCCGCAUAAUAGGCGAGUCUUCCCCUUUUCCCAUUCACAGCUUCAAGGCCGAGGGGCUGGGGGCCCCCUGAUGGAGCGGCGGAUCACCGCGUCUGGUGGCCUGGCCGGUUUCAAGCCGGAGCAAUCGGUGCCCACAUGUGAAUUUUCUAGCAAGGGUGACCAGAUAAUGACUAGGAACCCUGGUUGCUGGCUUUUCCUUGCCUAUUCCAGCCCAGAGGUUUUGAGCGAAAGUUUACACCCAACCAUUUGUCCAGCUGAGCGUCAAAGCUAACUUGCAUCGCUGAUGGAUUCAGCAUUUGAUUGAACUGGUAUGUACAAAUACUUAAAAUUUAUGGGCAUGACAGGAUGAAACGCAACAGACAUUUGAGCAGCAGUGACAGUUCAGACAAUGAGAGCCCUUCAACAUCAUUGUCCUCUCAUUCAAAGUACAGGAGUGAUCGGCAUGCCUUGUCGCAUGGGAAGAAGAAGCCUGCUGAGGUAUUUAGGAAGGACCUCAUCAGUGCCAUGAAGAUUCCAGACUCCCACCAUGUGAACCAGGAUGAAUAUUAUCUCUUGGCUGAUCAGUGGAAACAGGAGUGGGAGAAAGGGGUUCAGGUUCCAGCCAGUCCAGAAACCAUUCCAAAUCCAUCUGUUAGGGUCAUUGUGGAAAAGGUGAAGGAGACUUUGUUCACUAAACCACGGAAAUAUAUCCGCUGCUCCACCACUGAACCCUCAGACCCUGGAUACUUUAACAUUCUGGAACUCGCAGACACUGUGUGCCGUUAUGACUUGGAUGAUGUGGACAUUUAUUGGUUACAUGCUGCGAAUGAAGAACUGCGAGAAAUGGGAUGUGGUUUGAUCCAUGAAUGCACUAUGGAGAAAACUAUAGAAGCACUGGAGCGUCACUGCUAUGAAAACAUGAACCAUGCCAUAGAAACCGAGGAAGGGCUAGGAAUUGAGUAUGACGAAGAUGUUAUCUGUGAUGUAUGUCGCUCCCCUGAUAGUGAAGAAGGCAAUGAGAUGGUCUUCUGUGAUAGGUGUAAUAUCUGUGUCCAUCAAGCAUGUUACGGGAUUUUGAAAGUGCCUGAAGGUAGCUGGUUGUGUCGCACUUGUGUGCUUGGAAUUUAUCCUCAGUGUCUUUUAUGUCCAAAGCAAGGUGGAGCAAUGAAAGCUACACGUGCUGGGACCAAUUGGGCACACGUAAGCUGUGCCUUGUGGAUACCUGAGGUCAGCAUUGCCUGCCCUGAAAGAAUGGAACCAAUUACAAAAGUGUCUCACAUUCCACCAAGCCGAUGGUCAUUAGUCUGCAGCCUCUGCAAAUUGAAGACUGGUGCCUGCAUUCAGUGCUCAGUGAAGAGCUGCAUCACAGCCUUUCAUGUCACUUGUGCUUUUGAACAUAGUCUGGAGAUGAAGACUAUUUUGGAUGAUGGCGAUGAGGUAAAAUUCAAGUCUUACUGUCUCAAGCACAGCAAAGGUCGACAGAACCAAGAUGGUGACUCUGAACAAAAUGCAAAACUCAAUGAGCAAAAACAGAAACAGACUGAAACCGAGAAGAAGGGUUUGCGUGCACAGAAACUUGAGGAGCUGGAGGAAGAAUUUUACACUUUGGUAAAGGUUGCUGAUGUGGCUAGUGAACUGCAUCUCUCGGAGCAGGUGGUAGAAUAUAUUUUUGAGUACUGGAAGCUAAAACGAAAAAGCAAUUUCAGUAAACCGCUGUUGCCACCAAAGGAAGGAGAAGAAAAUUGUUUGAAUCAACAUAAGGAGGACCGGAUCCAUUCCAGAAUGAAGAUGUUCAUGCAUCUGCGCCAAGACUUGGAAAGGGUGAGGAACCUUUGCUACAUGGUGAGCAGAAGAGAGAAAUUGAAGUUGUCACAGAGCAAAGUGCAAGAGCAACUUUUUAAUUUGCAUAUCCAACUGAUGAAUCAGCAAAUUUCUGCUGGGCUUCCUUUGACUAUACCACGAGAAGGAUUGAUGUUCCAGGACCCUCCAAGAAUCACAAUAAAACUAAAAACAGCCACAAAACCCUCGCAAAACAUCAACAAUGGUACGACCACUACUGCCAAUGGUCCACUUUCCCUCAACGUUGAUGGUAGUUUGUACAGUAAAAACAAUUUGGCAAUACCACAAAGCUCGAGAACUAGUGAAAAGAAGUUACAGUCCAAUCACUGGCUUAAACCUGAUGACAGAAGCAAUGGACUGUUGCUAACUGGUAGUCGCCAUAAGCAGAAUGUUCAAGCGGGUAGUUCACUGCUAUCCCCCGAAUGUCAUGUGCAGCAGACAUCUGGCAAGCCUGCUACGCUUCACAUAACACUACGUGGACAAUCAGCUGAUGCCAAUGGAAAGAUGCGAGACAACAAUAAACCAGGGUUACUUAAAUCAAAUGGCCUAAGAGGAAGAUCAGGCAUUAUUAUUCAGAGAGACUGUUCCAGUCAAACCACCUAUGACAAAGUGGCAACUCUUACAAACCAUUUUGCCAACCAGGGCACUUUCAGAAAAUCAAAGUUGGGGGAAUUUAGCCAGCCUUGCAAAGACCGAUUGGAUGGUUUAGUGAGGACUUCAGAAGACUUCCAAAACUGUGAAAAGCCUCUAAAAAGGGGGUCGGCCAAAGAUCGCCUGUGGAGUAAGCAGCUGUCUGAGCAUCAGACAAUGGCAGCAUACCAGGAUAAUGAUGGUUACUGUCCUGAUGUUGAAUUGAGCGACUCUGAGACUGAAGCUGACAUUAGGCAGGAAAGGAGCAGGCUACGGAAAAGAAACUCUGAAGAAAAUCCUAGCCAAGACUAUGGGAGAGAUUCUCGGUCACGGCAACACAACAAGGACAGCAGACCUAGGUUAAACAUGCUUUGUCACAUCAAUUCAGUACAGAGGUGAUCAAUACUUGAAUGACUGAGGACAUUGUGCUAAAUGUAAUUGAGCCAAUAUUAGUCCCUUUUUUAAUAGCUCUGUAUGGGCAGCAAUAUUUGAAUUUGCUGUGGAUUACACUCCAGAAUGAUUUGCCCCAUGAACAGAGAUGAAUGACAAGUGUAUUUCUAUCAAUGUUUUUACAGAUGCAAGUUUUACUUUAAAAUUAAAUGCCUUAAGGUGAUCCUGGGGCAUUACAACAACUGAACUAUUAAGGAACUUUUUAAUUGUUUUCCUGGUGACUGGCAUUGUUUUAUUAUUUGCAGCAUGUUCUUGGACACAACCAGCUGCACUGAAAGUUUCUUUUUUUGUUAAUCUUGGGGGUGGGGGGAGGGGGGGAUAUACAUUAACUACUAAUUGCCUCCAAAAAAGUUUUUCCCAGACUGUAAUCACUGUAAUCACUUAACUUGGUGUUUUACAAUUACGAAACUCAUAGUAUAUGUACUCCAUGAAAAGUUCUGCAUUGCUGACGAAUUUUUUUUUUUUGAAGACAACUAUUGUGCUGUAUAGAUCUAUUGUUGGCCAUCCUCUAGGCCAAUCUGUUUCUUGAAUUUUGCCGUGCCCCCCCCCCACCCCCCCACCCUUCCUUGCCUUUUCCUAUCAUCACUCCUCCCCAACCCCCUUCCCUGGAACAAACCACCUUGUGUCACUCUGCAGUGGCCUUAGUUUUGUCCAGUUACGGCCAAUUACAAAUUUCAGUUUCUUGAUAAUGUCAAGUAGAAUCUUAUGUUCUACUUAAACUGCUCAGUUAGAUUUUCAUAGCUUGAUUGUUCUAGACUAACAUGGUAGUUGCAGUGAGCUGCUGCCUAGCCCAGGAAACCAGGGAGGAAAAAUGAGAAGAAAAUGAAAGCUUAAUUUAUUUUGCUAUGGAGAGGAAGCACUUGAGGUUUUUUCCAAGUAUAAGGACACUCUAAACGUGUGUUAUGUUGGAGAAGAUUAAGGUGAUGCAUUAAUGCCAUGUCUGACCUAAUAUCCAAAUGGUCAAUCCACACGAAUUCCUGCUGCCAUACUUCUUGAAUUAACUAAAUGGAAAAUGACCUCAGAUUUACAACUUUCCGUGUUUUUUUUCAAUGUGAGCCCUACUAGUCAUUGAUGUUAUGUAUUUUGUUGAUGUUUGCAGCUUUUUGUUUAAUGUCAUUGUAUUUUAUUUCUAGUUUUCCUAAUGUUGCAGCAAAAAAAUAUAGCUUGCCUCAGUUACUCACUUAAAGGCAAGCAGGGAAGACCCAGAUUUACCACUGUCCAUUUCUUUUUCCUAUCAGUAUUUGUAUUUGACCCACACAACCAAAAGUUCAAAGUUUUACCAAAAAAGUACAAGAGAAAGCAUGAUAGUAAAUAAGUGUAAUGUUCUUUAUUACUGAAGCUAGAAAAUACUAACUUAGUUCUACUGUUUUAAGCACUAAAAUACAGUGAAUUUGCACAAGGCAUUAUAUAAUCCAGAAUAGGUUAAAUGUACCACCCCCCCACCCACUGCAAUGUAUUGUAAAAUGUUUCUAGUUUGGGAAAGCAAAUUUAAGCCACAAGUUUCAUCCCAUUCAUGUACUGUUCAAACACAAAGCAUUUGCAUUGCUGUUUGUCUCUUCCAGGCAUCUCUUUGUGGGUGUAUGAAACUUAGCAAUGUGGGGUGUAGGGUUACUAAUGUCUCUCUGGAUGCCCUUCCUCCAUCUUGACCUUGGGAUUUCUGACAAACAUCACCCCAGCACCACCUCCCCUCCCCUUCUUUGCCAUUGAUUUCUGCCUCCCUGUCCUUAUUCCUGUUCAAUACACCAUUCUAUUUGUUCUGUUUAAUGUUCUGUAAUUUUUUUCAAAGUUUAAAGUUGUACUUUCAUUAUUGGCAUUUCAUGGGACAAAGGGAAAUAUUAGUUCCCUUUUAUAAAUAGCGGGUUUUAGGUGCUCGAGCAGCAGAAGCCAUUGUGUAACUUUUGCUCCCUCUGCCUCUGGUGAAAAAUAUGCAUGAAGUGUUUUGUGGUGCUACCAUAAUAGAUUCUGCUGCAAAUUAACACCAUAAAGCUCUUGGUGUUGUUUCUUGCCUUGAGUUGAGGCUUUUUUUUAUUUUUGAGGAAAACUUUGCAUCCUUCUCUAGAAAUGAAGGAUAGCCUAAAAUGUUACUGUGUUUUAAAACACAAUCAUUCUAGGUAAUGGGAGAAAGGACAGAAAACAAGCUUGUCCUUAAGACAUGUAUGAUAGUUAAUGUGUUCAGAUACACUGAUAAUUGUCUUUAAAUAUGAAUCUUUGUUUCCUAAAUUGUGUUUGUAUUUCAGUUGUUUUAUAUAUUGAAAUUUCUGGAGUUUUCUCACUGACCUUUUCCAGAGCAUCCUCUUUUACAGGUAGUUUUCUGAUUAAAAAAAAUUAGAUA